AUGGCCAAGUAUACGGAAGCUGACAUUGAUCUGGCAUUGCAGGCGGUCGCAAAUGGCACGUCCGCCAGACAGGCCUCGAAACAUUGGGGUGUCCCGAGGGCAACCUUGUAUGACCGCAUGCACGGCCACGAAUGCAGAAAGGAUGCAUUUUCUCCUCUUCAGAGGCUUUCUCAGACGCAGGAAAACCAGCUUACAGAAUGGAUUCUCAUCCAGGACGCCCUGGGGCUUCCACCCACUCACUCGCAGAUCAAGCAGUUCGCGCAGCGCAUGCUGGCCGUCAAAGGAGACCACGUCCCGCUCGGAAAACAUUGGAUGCAAGCUUUUCUGAGGCGGAAUCCCGCAGUUCGGACACAGAAGUGUCAUCAUAGAGAUUCGGCGCGUGUCAAUGGCGCGUCUACCGAGGUAAUUCGGCCUUGGUUCAACAAUUUCUUCCUUCCUGAGAUUCAGGCCAUUAAGCCCGAGCACAGGUACAACAUGGACGAAGCAGGCAUCAUGGAAGGACUCGGGGAGAAUGGACUGGUGGUAGGCAAUGCUGAAAAACGAUCUGUUCAAAAGAAAGCACCUGGUUCUCGCGUCUGGACCUCGUUCAUCGAGUGCGUCUCCGCCACGGGCACCUUCCUACCUCCUCUCGUCAUUUUCAAGGGGAAAUCGGUCCAGCAGCAGUGGUUUCCCGAUGAUUUAAGUCUUUUCAGCGACUGGCACUUCACUGCGACAAAGAACGGCUGGACUUCGGACCAGACUGCGGUGGAAUGGCUCGAAAAGAUGUUCAUUCCAAGGACUCAGCCAGCGGACCCUUCGGAGCGCAGACUGCUAGUAUUGGACGGCCACGGGAGUCAUGAGACAGUCGAGUUCAUGUAUCUAUGCUACCAGCAUAAGAUCCAUCUUCUUUUUCUGCCCCCUCAUACCUCUCAUGUGUUGCAACUAUUGGAUUUGUCCGUCUUCUCCCCUCUGAAGCACUACUACCGCAAACAGGUCGGAUUUCUCAGCCUGUUGACCGAUUCGAGCCCGGUCGGCAAGCAAAACUUUCUUUCCUGCUAUCAGCGAGCACGCGAGCAGGCGCUCACGGCGUCCAACAUCAAGGGUGGCUGGAAAGCGACGUGUUUCAACAAGCGCAACAAGGAUGCGAAAAACGCGCCCGAUGCCUUCAGAAGCCCUUUUUCUACGUCGGGAUGGCAAUCAGACGCAUCGCAGAUCGCGUGGUCGACUCCGAGGCGUCCUCAAGAUCUGAAGGUGCAAGUGCUUCAAUUCAACCAGCUCGACGACGACGUGCCCACGAAGCGCCUGCUGUUCAGGAAGAUUACAAAGGGGUUUGACGAAAAGGAUGGCCUCUUGGCAAAAGCCCAAUUACAGAUUCAAGCGCUGGAAACACAACUGGCGUCUGUGAAGCCGAAGAAGAGGAAGAGGGUGGAAACGAGCCCGAAUUCGAGGUUCGCCGACAUUGAGGCAGUGCGGCGGGCGCAGGCGGAGGUCAAUGCAGCUGAGAAUGAAGACCCUGAUGGAACCGAAGAUGAACUUUCAGAAAUCGGUGACGAUUGUAUCGUAGUGGGCGUUGGUAGGCAGUGA